UUUGUCCUCUGCCUCUUACAUAGCACUGGGCGGACUUUCACCAUAUGAGAAAGUGCUGACUAUGUGUCCAACAGUAUGCCAUCGGCGUUUUCAGCGCAAGCAAAUUGGACUCACCAAUCGCUGGAACUUUUCAGAAAUAUUUCCUGGUGAUCUGUUGGGACUUGCCCAGGACUACAAGUCAACACAAGUUUUCCUUAAUGAGUCGCUAAAGAAUAUUCUGACAGAUGAAACGCCGAUGCCCCUCAGUGAGGACCUGGAGUCUCAGGAACUAAGCCCUGAAGCCCCAUUACCAAGCACCUCCCUGCCACCCCUGCCAGAGAUGAAGACCAGCAAAGAACUCGCCACUGAGCCCAAGUCACCCUGUCAGCACUUAACUGUCGCCCUAAAUGAUUUUCUGGGCUCUUACAUCCAGAAGGCCACACAAGGAAGGGAGCCAGAUGUAAUCCUGGAGUGCCUCGGCUUCUCCUGGGAAUUGCACCGGGCUUACCUGUGCAAGUCCGAAACACUUUCCAAGCUUUUCACCUGGGCCAUGGCCCGUGCCAACCCACACGAUCUGGAAAGCCUGAACAGACACAGGAAGGGUGGAACCAAACUCUCAAGGACAGUUACUGGGAAAGAUAGAGAAGAUAACAAAGAAAAAAGCAAAACAAGGAAAAUAAAAAUUUCACUGGAGAUUCAUGACCCACUUAUCACUAAAAUAGCUUUUGCUAUUGCCCUCAAGAAUCUCUAUAGCACAGAGUUGGACGUGAGCAUGGAAGAUGUCCUGGGAGUCAUGGCAGCCGCCUCAGUCCUCGAGUUCCCAAGCCUCUUUCAGAAGUGUGUGAUCAUGAUGAAAAAUGGGAUUUGCUCAGCCACCAUUUACAACUUCUAUUCUGCUGGUUGCAAGUUCAAGCAGGAGUUGCUUGUCAGUGCCUGCGAGAGGUGGCUGGAAGUGAACCUCGUCCCUCAGCUUGGGUGUCAAAUCCAUCUCCGGAAACUCUCGCAAGAGCUGCUCCAGAAGGUCCUCAGGUCUUCCAGGUUGUUUACCUUUAGUGAGUUCUACCUUCUGAGGACCACACUUUUCUGGGUUUUUCUGCAGCUGAAUCCCCAAAUUCAUCUAAUUCCGAAUUAUGAAAGUGUCUUGGCCUAUUUCAACAGCUUAUCCAAGAGAUGUGCCUUUCUGGAACGUGAGACAGGACAGAGCUACAUGUCUGUGUUUCAGUGCCUGCGUUUACAUGGCAUUACAUCAAGUAAACACCUGGAGGAUUUAAGGCACAUUAACUUCUUCCCACAAACAUGGCUCACCCGGAUUCUGUCCAAUCAUUACCAUGCACUUGAGAAUGGUGGAGACAUGGCAUUCCAAAGAGAUUUUUCCACUCAAGCUGUCAGAUUUGGUCUGUUAAUUAAGGAGGAGCCAAAAUAUUGCUCGGAAAUUGUUUCGUUGUAUGGGUUCUUCUUUCAAAUUAAGGCAGUCAGACAUGAAGCAUCAUCCUACAGCUUUUACAUGCAGAGAGUCAAAUACACAGACCCAAUAUUAUCCUUCUUUACAUCUGAGCGUAGUCCUGUAAGCAUGAGACAUGAACGUGAAGUGAAAUAUGAAAUAAGAGCCCAGGCCUUGAUGGAUGGGAAAUGGCAAGAAUUCAGCACCUAUCAGAUCGCUCAAAAAUUUGGCAUUACGAAGCCAUCCUGCAGAAGCCAAGUCUUGAAAGCACGAAUCACGACUGUUCCAAUCUACGUGACAUUCGCCAUCCUUUUCCCGGUAUCUUGAGGCUCUUCAUGAUCAUGGAACAGUGGCCUCAGCACGGAGCAUUAAAGACCACAUUAAAG